CGAGUGGUGGUGGUGGGCAAGGGCGAGCGGCGGGACCUGCAGCUGCCCGCGGAGCUGGAGGACGUGGUAUCCUUCCACCCCUGGCUGAGGUACCCGGACUUUUGGUCGCUCAUCCAGCGCAGCUACGCGCUGGUGCCCCUGUUCGGCAUGCCCGUCUACUUCGAGAGCCGCAUCUCCUCCACCGUGCUGGCCUCGCUGGUCACCUGCGUGCCGCUGCUGGCGGAGCAGCGGCUGCUGGACACCUACACCUUCCUGAGCCCCCGCCACGUCUUCCUGCGCCUGCCCGGCGAGGACGAGCUGUCCGCCAUGCAGCGGCUGCAGGCGCUGCCGGAGGAGCAGCUGCUGGCGCCCCGCCGGGCGCUGUGUGAACUGCGGGGGGCGAUGAAUGCGCGGGCGGACGAGCUGCUGGGGGGCUACCUGAGGGAGGC